GCACUCGCUACCAUUGGGUUGGGCCCAUCAGAAUCAGAAUUCAGAACAGAGCACACACGUCGCCGUUCGUGCCGGAAGCUCCCCGGGAAGCGCCGGCGUCGCCACCGGAGCCACAGGAUUCCGGAUGAGAGCUAGGUGCCACAACCACGCAGCCGCAGCAAACACCGGCAGGCAACUGCCGGGAGCUCGAACCUUCGUUACUGAUAGCUUGACGCCUAGUCAAGGGCGGCUGCGCGCGCCCUCCUUCACUCAUCUCCUUCCUCCUCCCGGGGUCGCACUCUCACUCUCACUCCGUCAGAGUCUCAGAGAGCUCCGACACAAAAGAGCGAGGCCUCCUCUCUCAUCGUCCUGCCUAUAUGUAUGUAUCAGACGGAUCCUUCCUUCAGCUGUGCUGAGGUUCGUCGGCGGGUGGUAAAGCGCGAAGAAGAUCAGGCAAGAAAGCAAGAAAGAAGAUACUUACCUGACAGAAAUGCAGAAAGUAAGAAGGCCUUGAGACAGAGCUUGGGCAUCGCAAACAUGUCCGCAGCUGUCACUGCAACUGUAUCGGUGGUCUGUGCGACCGUUGCGGUAGUGAUAACCAUCAUCAUGAUCAAACGAUGCCGGCGUGUGAGGAUGAAAUUUUACAAGAAGUUCAUGGCCAAGAUCUCCGACGAGAUCAACAGAAGGAACCGAGAGCUGGAAGCAUGCGCCGCUGUGAACGACGUGGUGAUCGAGAUCGGCCCCGUGGAGAAGUUCCUCCACGACAUCCUCAACGAGAAGCCGAUGCGGUUCAGCUCCCAGCAGCUGGCGUCGUGCACCGGGAACUACUCCACCGAGCUCGGCUCCGGCGGCUUCGGGGUGGUGUACAAGGGGGAGCUCCCCAACGGGCUGCCCGUGGCGGUGAAGGUGCUCAAGGUGUCCAUGAACAAGAAGGUGCAGGAGGGGUUCAUGGCCGAGAUCGGCACCAUCGGCCGGACCUACCACGUGCACCUCGUCAGGCUCUACGGCUUCUGCUUCGACCCCGACACCAAGGCGCUCGUCUACGAGUACUUGGAGAACAGCUCGCUCGAGAAGUACCUCUAUCACGACGGCGACGGCGACGGCGACGCCGGAGAGGACGAGAAGAGGGAGAGGCUCGAGUGGCGGACGCUGCACAGCAUCGCCAUCGGCACGGCGAAGGGGAUCCGGUACCUGCACGAGGAGUGCCAGCACAGGAUCGUGCACUACGACAUCAAGCCACCGAACAUCCUGCUCACCGCCGACUUCACCCCCAAGGUGGCAGACUUCGGGCUGGCCAGGCUCGGGGAGCGCGAGAACACGCACAUGUCGUCGCUGACGGGCGGCGGGCGUGGGACGCCAGGGUACGCGGCGCCGGAGCUGUGGAUGGCGCUGCCGACGACGGAGAAGUGCGACGUGUACAGCUUCGGGAUGGUGCUGUUCGAGAUCCUGGGGCGUCGCCGGAACUAUGACGCCCAGCUGGAGGAGGAGAGCCGCGAGUGGUUUCCCAAGUGGGUGUGGGACAAGUACGAGCAGGGCGACAUGGAGUCCAUCAUGUCCGCUGCCGCCGGCGUCGGGGAGGCGGACCGGGAUAAGGCGGAGACCAUGUGCAAGGUGGCGCUCUGGUGCGUGCAGUUCCAGCCGUCGGCGCGGCCGACGAUGAGCAGCGUGGUGCGGAUGCUGGAGGGGGAGAUGGCCAUCGUGCCGCCGGUGAACCCAUUCAAGUACGUGUCGAGCGGCGGCAGCUCUAGCGGCUGGACACUGUCGAGCAGCACCGGCACCGGCACAUUCACGAGCAGCACCGGCACCGGCACGUUCACGAGCAGCAGCCGGGAUACGGGAAGGGACAGCGAGGUCUCGGAUGCAAGUGCUCCUCCUAAGCCGACGGAUGCAAUGCUGAAAGGUGUCAAGUCCACUGAUGCAGUGACGGCAUAGAGUGUGUACGUUUGCUUCUGUUUAUACUUACUUUGCAAGUAGAAAGUGCUUUGUAAAUUAGCAUUAUAGACUUCAUAUUCGAAAUCUUGCACACGAUGGUUUCUUCCAAA